AUCACGUGGCGCGACGUCGCCUCCACUUCGUGUCUGUCCGUCCAGUCCUUUAGCGUCCACGCUAACAGUUAGCACCCUCCUAUCAUCUCGCUAUGCUCCGCGCUGUGUUCCGGUUCUCGGCUACAGGAGCCCGGACGUUGGCGCUGUCCCGACCAGGACACGCAGCUCCGUUAGCUUCCAGAUGUUAUUCCCAUGGAAAAGUGGAGACGGAUGAGGAGUUUGAUGCCCGCUGGGUCACCUACUUCAACAAACCUGACAUUGACGCCUGGGAGCUGAGGAAAGGCAUGAACACCCUGAUUUGCUACGACCUCGUACCCGAGGCCAAGAUCUUGGACUCUGCACUGAGGGCGUGCAGGAGACUCAAUGACUUGGCCAGUGCCAUUCGCAUCCUGGAGGCUGUCAAAGACAAAGCCGGCCCCCACAAAGACAUUUACCCGUACCUGAUCCAGGAGCUGAAGCCCACGCUGUCAGAGCUGGGCAUCUCCACACCGGAGGAACUCGGCAUGGACAAGCUGUAAGAUGUUAAGGUGGACUCCUUAGCUCUCCUGAUUUGUCUCCUGUCAAAAAUGUCCAUAGUGUUGAUUGAUCCAAUACUGUCCUGUUAUGUACAAAGUGGCGGACCUCAAAUAAAGAAAUUCUGUAAGCA